AACAUCACAUUCUUCAACGUUCAUAAACAGUCCAAGUUCUUUAAUUUUCUCACACCUUCAUUUUCACCUCCCGACAACAAUGGCUUCAUUGACUCCUGCAAGCUCUUUCUGUAGCUACCGCAAGUUUCCCUCCAAAGCCAACAAUGGUAGAAGCAGCUUUUCCUCUUUCCCUCGCAUUAUGUUCUGUCAGAAGCACCACGAUGAUGUUCCCACCGACCAAAUCCACCGAAGAGAAAUCAUUUUGAGAAGCAGUGAAAUGGCGACCAUUGGUGCUAUCUUCAACUUCAGUGGCAAAAAACCUGAUUAUCUUGGAGUGCAGAAAAACCCACCAGCAUUAGCUCUGUGUCCAGCAACUAAGAAUUGUGUAUCAACCUCUGAGAAUAUCAGUGAUCGCACACAUUAUGCUCCUCCUUGGAACUAUAAUCCUGAAGGCAGGAAAAAUCCUGUGAGCAGAGAGGAAGCCAUGGAGGAACUGAUAGACGUGAUUGAGUCAACAACACCAGACAAAUUUACACCAAGAAUAGUUGAAAGAAAAGAAGACUAUAUCCGUGUGGAGUAUCAAAGCUCAAUCUUGGGGUUUGUGGAUGAUGUCGAGUUCUGGUUUCGACCAGGCAAGGGUUAUACUGUGGAGUAUCGAUCUGCAUCUCGAGUGGGAAACUUUGAUUUUGAUCUGAAUAGGAAAAGAAUAAAGGCACUGCGACAAGAGUUGGAGAAGAAAGGAUGGGCAUCUCAAGACACAAUAUGAUGAAUAAACUAAGGCCAAAGUCAUAUUAUCGUCAUCAUCUAAGAAAACAUUAUUUCACACCUUGUGACCUUCUAUACUUUAGUAAUUGAAAAAAAUCUCACAAGAUCAUCAAUGAA